ACGCUAUCAACCUUAGUGCCACAUUGGCUAGACACGGGCAGUUUGUGUGGACUUUUAACUGACUUUUUAAUAAUAUGUGUAAGGACUUAAUUUUGAUAUAGAGGUUUGCUAAGCUGGUUUUAUUAUUUAUUUAUUUCCUACUUUGCUAUGUAGCUAGCUAGGUGACGUUUUUUACCACUCGGCAAUCAGGACGCGUCACUCAUUUCCGAGAAAAACAUUGGAAAAGUUUAUAAACGUGUCGGAGUCAUUAGGCGAAACAGUCCGAUUCCAAGAGCAAAGCUGGAGUGUUAGUUAUUCAGAGCACUUCAUGAAGUUGUGAAGCUUGUGAAGAGGCAGGUUUCACUAUGACAGAGCGGACUCCUCUUCUCCACUACCGCCUCUCCACCAGCGUCAAUGAAACCGAGCCGCGGUCACCUCCGCUCGGGCUGGCCGUGGUACAGCACCAUGGCAGCCCCCGGCAGAAGUCUAGCCAUCAGCGGCAACCAAAGAAACUCUCCGUCUUCAUCGGUGUAGUGAUACCUACCUUGUUGUCAAUGUUCAGCGUGGUAGUGUUUCUCAGAAUAGGAUUCAUGGUGGGCCAUUCCGGACUGUACCAAGCCAUUGCAAUGCUCCUGGUGGCCUACUUCAUCAUCUGCAUGACCGUGCUGUCAGUCUGUGCCAUCUCUACCAAUGGAGCCCUGGAUGCCGGGGGCGCCUAUUACAUGAUCAGCAGAGCGUUGGGUCCAGAGUUUGGUGGCAGUAUCGGCCUCAUGUUCUUCCUGGCCAACGUGUGCGGCAGCGCUCUCUUCGUGCUGGGUCUGGUUGAAGCCAUUGUGGCCACCUUCGGAGUGCCAGAAGACGGCUCUGCGGUCACUUCUGUCUACCAGGUCCUACCGUCGGGCUACUGGUGGUCUCUGCUUUAUGCCACGGGCAUCUCCCUGCUGUGCCUACUGGUGUGCCUGGUGGGAGCCCACAUCUACGCCAAAGCCACCUUCCUCAUCUUCCUGGUGGUCAUGUUGGUCCUGGCCACCAUCUUCAUCAGCUUCUUUGCUGUACACCCUCGUACCAUCGUCCUUCCCAGUUCUGCCGCAUUUAACCCAACAGCCAAUGGAACAGGCCCCAGGUUUCCCACCACCGCCAACUUCACUGGCUUCAAGUUGGACACGCUGCUCGGGAACCUGUGGGCUGACUACACUGUGGAUUACACAACAGGAACCACGAUGACUUUUGCCACCGUUUUUGCUGUAAUGUUUAAUGGCUGCACCGGCAUCAUGGCAGGCUCGAACAUGUCAGGUGACCUGAAGAAUCCUAGCUACGCCAUCCCCCGUGGCACCAUCACAGCGGUCAUCUUCACCUUCAUCAUCUACAACCUGCUCAGCGUACUGGUGGCCUGCUCCUGUGACCGUGUCCUGCUUCAGAGGGAUUACAGCUUCCUAAGAGACAUCAACAUCUGGAACCCCUUUGUCACCAUCGGGGUUUAUUCCUCCACUUUCUCCGCUGCCAUGAGCAACCUCAUCGGAGCCUCACGCAUCCUCUACGCCCUGGCCAGGGACGACCUGUUUGGUAAGGUGCUAUCUCCGGCUAAGAAGACAUCCCACAGUGGUAACCCCUGGGCCUCGGUGCUCCUCUCCUGGUUCCUUGUGCAGCUGUGGCUUUAUUUCAGGAAGCUCAACACCACGCCAUUUAUGUGCCCCAUUAUUUUUCCCCCCCCUGGUUAA